AUCCUCCCGGGCUGCCCGCGCUGAGGGUCCCGCACGGAACUGAUGCCCUGGGAAACCCUAUCACCUUGUAGCAGAAGAUCUGAAGUCGUUCCGUGGCCCCGGCGCGUCCUCCCCUCCCGAGUCCUCGUGGGACCCUGGCGGGGCGCCGGUCCUUGUUCAGGAAGCGAGGAGCGUCAGAGAGGAAGUAGGUUGGGCGACCGUGGGAGGAAGGCCGCUCUCAGGCCAAGACCUCGCUGCAAUCCUCUGGCCGGGGACCGGUUUGCAACCGGCUCGCUUCCCCCCAGAUCCGAGAAGUGGGUGCACCCCCACAGAGGCGUGGAGAGCCCCACAGCCUUUGCGCGCCGGUCCGCUGGUGUUUCGAUCUCUCUUGGUGGGGAGUAGAGGAAGCUGUCAGACAGACAGUCAACAGGUGGAGGGAGGGACAAGCGCAGUACUGCUUGGAAGAAUAAAAAUAAGCAGAAAAAGCAAAGCCCUAGAGAGCCAGAAAGCUCCAGUCGCUUUCGGAAUGGACACAGUGCCCCAAAAUAGAAGAUUUAAAAAAAAAUCGACUUUUCCGUUCCGGCUUUCCAAGGAAGAAACUACACAAGUGGGAGACUAUUCUGGGAGUAAGCCUUCAAGAUAUAUGUCAAAGAGCUCGGGUUUCUUUUAUAUUCCUAUUUUUAUGCUAAACAUUUUUGCUACCUGCAUGUUCCAGACUGACCUGAUCUCCCAGGCCAAACUUCGGCCUUUACAGUCUUGCCUCCGUCCUGUUUCUGGCCCAAGCAGAAAACCCUGGUGCCGUCUUUGCCCUCUCUAUUAUCAGCAGACUUCUGUGGAUUGCCCUGCAGAAUGCACCUAGCGCUAGGAGACUAGCGCCCUUUCAACCUUCCACGUAAACUUUUGGUGCACGUCCAGUCACCUCUUCCUGUUUCUUUGUCCUUACUCUGCUCACCUUGUCCAGGAAACCUCCGCUCUAGGAAUGAAUACAGAAAUAUCUGCACUCCCAUCGGAACUUCCACUGUCUCUUCUUUCAACUCAGAAGAUAAUCACUUCAAAGGCCCUGAUCAAUCCCUCAUCUCUAAUCGCACCUGCUUCUUGCUGUUUGUCUGUGGAAACGGUUAGGUCUCGCACCCAGCACAAAAGGUCAGAAGGUGCCUUGGCAAAGACACAUCUUUACAGUGUACAAAAAGGUUAUUCCGUAGCAACCUUCGGGGAACACUAAGAGGCCAAGUUAAAGAGGAAAAUUUUUAGAUGGUGAUUAAGGUAGAAGAUGAACAAGCCCCUGACACCAUCCACAUACGUGCGCAGCCUCAAUGUCGGACUCAUUAGGAAGCUGUCGGAUUUUAUUGAUCCUCAAGAAGGAUGGAAGAAAUUAGCAGUAGCUAUUAAAAAGCCGUCUGGUGAUGAUAGAUACAAUCAGUUUCAUAUAAGGAGAUUUGAAGCCUUACUCCAAACUGGGAAAAGCCCCACGUGUGAGCUGCUGUUUGACUGGGGCACCACAAACUGCACAGUCGGGGACCUUGUGGAUCUUCUGAUCCAGAUUGAGCUUUUUGCCCCUGCUACUCUGCUGUUGCCGGAUGCUGUUCCCCAACCUGUCAGCAGUAUACCGUCUAGAGAAGCUGCAACGGUGGCACAGACACACGGGCCCUGCCAUGAAACAGUCAGGACAUCGGUGACACCUAUGCCGAGGCUAGAACAGAGCUGUGUUCAGCCUGACUCCUCAAGCUCAGACGACAAAAGUUUAGCAUCCAGCGACACUGGUACCCGUUUCCACAGUUUUUCAUUUUAUGAGUUGAAGAGCAUCACCAAUGACUUCGAUGAGCGACCUGUUUCUGUCGGCGGCAGCAGAAUGGGAGAGGGAGGCUUUGGAGUGGUGUACAAAGGCCACAUGAAGGACACGGCUGUGGCGGUGAAGAAGCUGGGAGCGAUGGUUGAAAUCAGUACUGAGGAACUAAAGGAACAGUUUGAUCAAGAAAUUAAAGUAAUGGCAAAGUGUCAGCACGAGAAUCUGGUGGAGCUACUUGGCUUCUCAAGCGACAGCGACAACCUGUGCUUAGUAUACGCUUACAUGCCCAAUGGCUCCUUGCUCGACAGACUGUCCUGCUUGGAUGGCACUCCACCCCUCUCUUGGCACAUGAGAUGCAAGAUCGCUCAGGGUGCAGCUAAUGGCAUAAGUUUUCUCCAUGAAAAUCAUCAUAUUCAUAGGGAUAUCAAAAGUGCAAAUAUUCUACUAGACAAAGACUUUACCGCCAAAAUAUCUGACUUUGGGCUUGCACGGGCUUCUGCAAAGUUUGCCCAGACAGUCAUGACCAGUCGAAUCGUGGGCACAACGGCUUACAUGGCACCUGAAGCUUUGCGAGGAGAAAUAACGCCCAAAUCGGACAUCUACAGCUUUGGCGUGGUUUUAUUAGAGCUAAUCACCGGACUUGCGGCUGUGGAUGAAAACCGUGAACCUCAACUACUACUGGAUAUUAAAGAAGAGAUCGAGGAUGAAGAGAAGACGAUCGGGGAUUACACCGACGAGAAGAUGGAUGAUGCGGACCCUGCGUCCAUUGAAGCCAUGUACGCUGCAGCUAGUCAGUGUCUGCAGGAAAAGAAGAACAAGAGGCCGGACAUUGCGAAGGUUCAACAGUUGCUGCAAGAGAUGCCUGCUGAACACGAGUGAAAUAGACUAUAUAUAUAAUCUAUGUAUAACACACUCUAUAAGCACUCACUCUUCACCUUUGUUUUUUAACGUCUUGUGGUCCUGAAGACUGAACAAGCACUUUGGCACUGAGCCUACAUCACCAGCCUGGUUUUUAGUUUUGUUUUCCUAAAUGGUCUUUAUGUUUAACAUGGCAGCAUGGUGCACUGUACUGACUGAUUAACGGAUGUGUUGACGCACUGCCAGAAUGACAGUAGCAUGGUGGCACUUGGCCCCACCUCCUUUGUAUAGAGAUCAUUUUCCAUGGCAAUGUCAUCAAAUUACAGCAACUACAAGAUUCAGGAAAACAGCACAGCACUAGGGAGACCCUAGGGUUUGGAGUUUUGUUGUUGCUGGCACUAGAAGUCCUGAUACUCUCUCUCUACAAACCAGGCUGACCUCGAGCUCAGAAAUCGGCCUGCCUCUGCCUCCUCUGCCUGCGCCACCACCAUAUAGCCAGAGACCCUGGUUUGAAGCUCAGCAGACUCCGCUAAUCUCCUGUAAAGCCCUGGUCCAGCUCUCAGCUACCCUAAACCUCAGAUUUGGCUUUUCUGGUUUGUUAAUGAACUCUGUGCUCCUGUAAAUAACUCUUCCUAUGCUCCUGGUAUGUAACCCCCACCUGUACAUAACCUCCAUGGCUCCUCCCACCACUCCUCCAAUACGUAACCCCCACACCUCCUCCUGUACAUUACCCCCACCACUGCUCCUAUAACCCUAAUUAAACUCAUUGGGUCACCAAGGUAGACAUGGGUGGACUCAAUCAUUCAGUCUGCCUUUGAUAUCCUAAUUUGAAUGAAUAGAUGUUUGCUUGUCUGCCCCAGGAAAAAUUCACACACUUAGUACUUUAUGUGGGGCGUAACAGAACCAAUGAUCAGCUUGGGGGUGGUACUUGCAUUGUCUCUGCUAUGUGCAGUAAGACAGCAACUGGAGCUGAUCUGUCUGAGGGUGGAGCACCCACCCAAGGGGACAAUCCUGAUGUCAUCUCUUUCCAUGUGGCAAGAAUGGCAGGCUCUUUUGCUGUACUGGGUGGUUUUAUGUGUCAACUUGACACA